GUGCUGAUGCUGAGAAUCCAGCAUCUUUCUGAUUCCAGCAUCAGACGCUGGAUUCUAAACUGAAAAGACUCUGGAAAAAAUACGAGCAUCCGGGACGCGUGCUGGUUUCUUCUUCUUCUGCUGCUUUUUGUCUCUUCCUUUAUGAGGGAAGGUAAUUUCUGAUGGAGUAACAUGGAUGGACAAGCAAAGAGAAGCGGAUGAGGAUUUUUCUAGCGAUUUGGAGGAAACAGCAGCUGCGACGACAUUCAAAGGCCAACAGGCAUGAUUUCAGUGUAGGAGCGAAAACAUCAAUCUGCAUGUUCUUUUGGGGGGGAUAAUCUGUCAGAUUUCUUGACGCAAAGAACAAAUUGAUCUUGGAUAAGUAAUCAUAAAAUAAAAAUAAAAAAAACAAUAAAUAAACAUGGCUCAUCUAAUCCGACACAAGAUCAGCAACAAACUGACCAAUGCGGCCCACACGGUGUCCAACAAAUCCCAGGCCAAGGUCAGCGGGGUGUUCGCCCGGCUGGGCUUCCAGGCCGCCACGGACGAAGAGGGUCUGGGCUUUGCGGAGUGCGACGACCUGGACUACGACUACAGGCAAGGAAUGCAGAUGGACGUCCUCCGGGGGGAAGAGGAGGAAGCAGGAGAGGCGGAGGGAGAGGGCGACGUGGAGGGGGACACCCGCUACCAGAGGGACGGUACCGGUCCGAGGCAGUCGACCCUGAAGAGCGGCGGCUCCCUGGAGGAGGACAAGCCCAAAAUCACGUCAUGGGAAGCUGGAUGGAACGUCACCAAUGCCAUUCAGGGCAUGUUCGUCCUCGGCCUGCCGUACGCCAUCCUCCACGGCGGAUACCUCGGCCUCUUCCUCAUCAUCUUCGCGGCGGUGGUGUGCUGCUACACGGGCAAAAUCCUCAUCGCGUGCCUGUACGAGGACAACGAGGACGGGAUCAAGGUGCGCGUCAGAGACUCCUACGUGGACAUCGCCAACGCCUGCUGCGCGCCCCGCUUCCCGGCACUCGGCGGCCACGUGGUGAACGUGGCCCAGAUCAUCGAGCUGGUCAUGACGUGCAUCCUGUACGUGGUGGUCAGCGGCAACCUGAUGUACAACAGCUUUCCCAGCUUCCCCGUCUCUCAGAAGGCCUGGUCGGUGCUGGCCACGGCCGCGCUGCUGCCCUGCGCGUUCCUGAAAAAUCUCAAGGCCGUCUCCAAGUUCAGCCUCCUGUGCACGCUGGCGCAUUUCGUCAUCAACAUCCUCGUGAUCGCCUACUGUCUGUCCAGGGCGCGCGAGUGGGCGUGGGAGAAGGUCAAGUUCUACAUCGACGUGAAGAAGUUCCCCAUUUCCAUCGGCAUCAUCGUGUUCAGCUACACCUCCCAGAUCUUCCUGCCCUCCCUGGAGGGGAACAUGCAGAAGCCCAGCGAGUUCCACUGCAUGAUGGACUGGACCCACAUCGCAGCCUGUGUCCUCAAGGGCCUCUUCGCCCUGGUGGCCUACCUGACCUGGGCGGACGCCACCAAAGAGGUCAUCACAGAUAACCUGCCCUCGACCAUCCGGGCUGUGGUGAACCUCUUCCUUGUCGCCAAAGCGCUCCUGUCCUACCCUCUGCCGUUCUUUGCAGCUGUAGAAGUUCUGGAGAAAUCCCUGUUCCAGGACGGCGGCAGAGCCCUCUUUCCUGACUGCUACGGCCCCGGCGGGCAGCUAAAAACCUGGGGUCUUGGCUUAAGAGUAGGCUUGGUGGUCUUUACCCUGCUCAUGGCCGUCUUUGUCCCGCAUUUUGCCCUGCUGAUGGGUCUAACUGGAAGCCUGACGGGUGCAGGCCUGUGCUUCCUCCUACCGAGCCUCUUCCACCUGAAGCUCCAGUGGAGAAACCUUCUGUGGCACCACGUCUUCUUUGACGUCUCCAUUUUUGUUAUUGGAGGCAUAUGUGCCAUAUCAGGCUUCAUCCACUCCGUUGAAGGGCUCAUAGAAGCCUACAGGUACGACAUCCAUGACUGAGAGAGGAUGGCUCGCAAAACACACGGUUGACCGUCUGGACAUUAAAAGGAGAAUAAUUUGUGUGAAAUGUAUUAUCUUUUUAUUUUUGCCUUCGUGAUAAUGUGCAAUAAAGAACUCUAUUCGCCGAUCAAGCUCAACAUUAUGACCACUGAGAAAUGAGGUGAAAUACACUGAUUAGCUUAUUGUUUUUGUUCCUGUUAGUGGGUGGGAUAUGUUCUAUGGCAAAUUAACAUUUUGUCCUCAAAGGGGGCCCAAACUAUGGUGAGGGGUUUCCAGUUUUCAGCUGGAGUCGUCCUUAUGGGUAGUUGCCCAGGGCGGUUUUAGAAAUGGGGCAGCACAGGCACUAAAUUAAAAUAAAUAGCUUAUCAGUCAGUUGCACCCUAAUUGCCUUUCGCAUUUGCAGUGAUUGGAGAUUCGACACCCCUAUGUGGGGAUUAGGUGUAGCCUGGCUCAAAUGUCUCAAUGCCAACAUUUGAACAUGUACUGAUUUUCUAAUUUGAAACUACGACACAUUUUAGUCGAGUUUGUUGUUUGUCUUCAAAAUCUAAUCUUAUAUUUCAGUGUUCAAUUCAUUUCCUCCACUGUACUUCCCUUUUAACAAAGCAAAAGUCAGUGUGUUAUAACUACCCUUUUGACUUAUUGGCUGCACAUUAACUUAACUCGCUUGGUCUUUACUAUCGCUGAUACUAACUUUUUUAUUUUUUUUAUUUUUAAUUUUUACCAGCAGUAGUUCUUGCACCGCAGUUAGCAAAGUUUAACAUAAUGAAAGAAGGAAAGCAAAGACAAUAAGAUGCCAUACUAUGUUGCUUCAUAUUUCCAGCUUUCGAAGUGUUGACUUGGCCUCUGAAUUCAGCAGAUCUCAAUCCAGUCCAGCAUUUUGUGUGAUGUGAUGGAUAAACAAGUCCAAGUCUUGGAAGCCCCACGGCCUGCAUUUUGGUGCCAAAUACCGCAAUUCACUUUCAAGGGUCCAUGGCUUUAUAGGUCAGGGAUGUUUUGGCAGCAAAAAUCAGGACCAACGCACUAUUAGUCAGGUGGUCAUAAUGUUAUUCCUAAUCGGUGUUGUGUAAAGUAGUUUACUCAUUCAAAAAAAAAAGUGUUUCAUCCAGCGGACAGAGAGGACACAACCUCCGCACCAGAAGAAGAGGGCAUUAAAGACUCUGUCCAUGUGUCAAUCUUUAUGCAAAGAUUCAGUGAAAAUGUCAGUAAGUGUGUCAGUGUUCGUAUUCGAGGAAUGAAAUAUGUGGAAAAACAAUGAAGUCAAUAUGUUAUCGUUGGUUUUUGAGCUGCUAUAGGUAUCAAUAAUCAGAGAAAACAGGCACUCAUCAGAUCAGAUGGUGCUCUAUAAACCAUGAAUAUCUUCUGUGUAGUGAUCUAAACAGAAUGAAUACAUUUCUGUCGAGAUUUGUAGUUUCUUCUUCUUUUUUAAUAAUCUGAAGUCCUGGUUUGUUUCCUCUGUGUUUUCAAGUGUCAUUCUGGAUGGAGUGAAAUCAAGUGCAGGCAAGUGGAUCCUAAUUGUGUAAUAUUACAAGAACAAAACAAAACAAAAAAAAUGCGUGUCUGAUAAUAUUCUGUUCCUGUUGAACGUGUUCAUUGUGAUUUAUUGGAACUACUCAUGGUGUGUGAGAUUAAGAGUAUUUGUUGACUUAAGAGGUAAAUAAAUGAAAUAUUUUAUGGCUGGUGACUCUAA